UCUUUAAGGGACCAAAAACAAACUUCAUCCACUCAAUAGCUCACCCCUAUCGUUAUUGCAAUAGCCAACAAACUUCUUUCCUUAACCACCACCAACCCUUAUUUUACACUCACUCUCUCUCUAUAUGCUUCAUUGACACAAGGCUUUUUUUCACUUGAACAAACCCAUUUCCAACCUUUGAAGUUUUUGCCAUUUUUCAACUCUGUAUUGAAAAUGGCGCAGAUUUUGGCACCUUCGACGCAAUGGCAGAUGAGAAUCACGAAAACCUCUCCGUGUGCAACUCCGAUCACAUCAAAGAUGUGGAGUUCUUUAGUUAUGAAACAAAACAAGAAAGUUGCGCGUUCUGCUAAAUUUAGAGUGAUGGCAAUCAACUCUGAAAAUGGCACCAUCAAUAGGGUGGAGGAUUUGCUUAAUUUGGACAUCACUCCGUUCACCGACAGCAUAAUUGCUGAGUACAUAUGGAUUGGUGGAACAGGAAUCGAUGUGCGCAGCAAAUCGAGGACCAUAUCAAAACCUGUUUCGCAUCCCUCUGAGCUCCCUAAGUGGAACUAUGAUGGAUCUAGCACUGGACAAGCCCCUGGUGAAGACAGUGAAGUGAUCCUAUAUCCUCAAGCAAUUUUCAAAGAUCCUUUCCGCGGCGGAAACAAUAUUUUGGUCGUUUGCGAUGCUUAUACACCUGCAGGUGAGCCUAUCCCUACAAACAAGAGACACAAAGCUGCUGAAAUCUUCAGUAACCCAAAGGUUCAGGCUGAAAUUCCAUGGUAUGGGAUAGAACAAGAGUACACUUUACUUCAAACAAAUGUGAAUUGGCCAUUAGGUUGGCCUGUAGGUGGCUAUCCCGGUCCUCAGGGUCCUUAUUACUGUGCUGCCGGAGCAGAUAAGUCAUUUGGACGUGAUAUCUCUGAUGCUCAUUACAAGGCUUGUAUAUAUGCUGGAAUUAACAUCAGUGGCACCAAUGGAGAAGUUAUGCCUGGACAGUGGGAGUAUCAAGUUGGCCCUAGUGUAGGUAUUGAAGCCGGUGAUCAUAUCUGGGCUUCAAGAUACAUCCUUGAGAGAAUUACUGAACAAGCUGGUGUUGUGCUAACUCUUGAUCCAAAACCAAUAGAGGGUGAUUGGAAUGGUGCAGGAUGUCACACCAAUUACAGUACAAAGAGCAUGAGGGAAGAUGGAGGAUUUGAGGUGAUAAAGAAGGCCAUUUUGAACCUUUCCCUACGCCACAAGGUCCACAUUGAAGCAUACGGAGAAGGAAACGAAAGAAGGUUGACAGGAAAGCAUGAGACAGCCAGCAUUAACUCGUUUUCUUGGGGAGUGGCUAACCGGGGAUGCUCAAUCCGUGUGGGAAGAGACACCGAGAAGAACGGCAAAGGUUACUUGGAAGACAGGCGUCCGGCUUCGAACAUGGAUCCAUAUGUGGUAACAGCAUUACUGGCAGAAAGUACAUUAUUGUGGGAACCAACUCUAGAGGCUGAAGCUCUUGCAGCUCAGAAGCUUGCAUUAAAGGUCUAAAUCUAAUGGCUUUCCAGAUGGAGAGUGUGAGGAGCUGAGAAGCUCUUUUAGAUGAUUUAUAUUUAUCUUAUGAAGAUGUUGUUUUCUGUGGACAAAUGAGGCUGCCAUGCCUAGUUAUGAGAUGAAUGAAUGCACAUUGUAUUUGCAUAUGGUAUGGACAGAAUUAUUGCAUUGAUGAUUUGCUUGGUUA